AUGCCACCCCGCAAUUCUACCCCUUUCAGUCUUGAACCAAAAUCUGAGAGCCUUGAGGGUGUUUUAAGUGCUAUCAGAAGUCUUGCUGAGGUGGUGGAGAAGCAUGUUAGUACUAGUGGAACAGUUAAGCCCAAAGAUGCUGAGAUUGAAGGAUGUACUAUUGAGCAAUUCAAGAAAUUGGGCCCUCCUUCAUUUUUGGGUAACCUUGAUCCUACAAAAGCAAAAUCUUGGAUUAUGCAAAUAGAGAAAUUUUUUGAUGUGAUUGGUUGUACUGAAGUGCAAAAUGUCUCUUUUGCUUCCUUUAUGUUGAAGGGGGAAGCAGAGCAUUGGUGGAGAUCCACCAAAAAGACCUUGCCACUUGAGGAAUAUGAGAUAUUGACUUGGAGAAUUUUCCUUGAGGCCUUUUACGAAAAUUAUUUUCUAGAAAGUGUACAGGAUGAGAAAGAAGUGGAGUUUAUGGAGCUCAUUCAAGGGAAUAAAACGAUGUUAUAG